CUUCUGAGCUUUGGAGGAAGAGAGGAAAGGAGGAGAAGAAGAAGUGGAGGUCUUUCCCCUCUCUUUCUGUGCUUUGGAAGAAGAGGGGAAGAAGAAGAGGGAGAAAGGAAGGAAAGAAGAGAGGAGGAGGAGAAGAAGAAACGUCGGACGGGAUGAGACCGGCCUCCUUUUCCUCUCCUUCCAUGCUUUAGAGGAAGAGAGGAAAGAAGAAGAAGAAGAAGUGGAGGUCUUUUCCCUCUCUUUCUGUACUUUGGAGGAAGAAGGGAAGAAGAAAAGAAGAGAGGAGGAGGAGGAGAAACGGAGGAAGACGGGAUGAGGUCGGCCUCCUUUUCCUCUCCUUCCACGCUUUAGAGGAAGAGAGGAAAGGAGAAGAAGUGGAGGUGUUUUCCCUCUCUUUUGUGCUUUGGAGGAGGAAGAAAAGGGAGAAAGGAAGGAAAGAAGAGAGGAAGAAGCUGCGGCGGAGGAGGACGGGAUCUGCUGAGCCUCCUUUUCCUUUAGAGGAAGAGAGGAAGAAGGAGUUUUUUCCCCCUCUCCUUCUGUUUUGAAGAAGUGGAAGAAAGGAAGGAAAGAAAGAAAGGAGAAGAAGAAGAAGUGGAAAGAAGGAAGGAAAGGAGGAGGAGAGGCGUCGGGUCGGUUUCUUUUCCCUCUCCUUCUGUGCUUUAGACGGAAGAAGAUCCUCUCUUUCUGUGCUUUAGAGGAAGGAGAAGUGGAAGGAAAAGGAGGAGAAGAACAAGAAGAAGGAGCAGCGGAUCGGCCUCCCUUCCCUCUCCUUCUUUGCUUUGGAGGAAGAGGAGGAGAAGUGGAGGGAAAGGACUAAAAGAGCAGAAGGAAGCGGAAUAAAGGAAUAAAGGGAGGAAGAAGAGGUGGAGGAGGAGGAAGAGAAGGAAGAAUUGAAAGAGGAAGAAGAGGAGGAGGAGGGAUGGCGCGCUCACUUUCUCCGCCUUGGUAGGAGGAAGGGGAAGAGGAGGAGGAGGAAGGCUGCUGGUUCUUCUUCUCCUUCUCCCGGCUGGGCUGGGGCGCCAGGCCGCGCUCUCUUCUCCUCCUCCUCCUCCUCUUCUUCGCGCUCUUGCUUCUCGUGGAUCGGGGCCAUGCUCUUCCACAGCCUGUCCGGCGGAGGGGCCGAGCUGCACGGCGUGAUCGACGAGAUGGACCGGAGGGCCAAGGGAGAAGCGCCCGCCAUCAGCUCCGCCAUCGACCGGGGAGACACCGAGACGGCCAUGCCUUCCCUGAGCCUGGGGGCUGGGGGCGUGGGGGGCGUUGGGGGUGAGCGUGCGGCCUUAUGCGCAGGCUGUGGGGGCAAGAUCUCGGACCGCUACUACCUCCUGGCGGUGGACAAGCAGUGGCACAUGCGCUGCCUCCAGUGCUGCGAGUGCAAGCUCAACCUGGAGUCUGAACUCACCUGCUUCAGCAAGGACGGCAGCAUCUACUGCAAGGAGGACUACUACCGGCGCUUCUCGGUGCAGCGUUGCGGGCGUUGCCACCUGGGCAUCUCUGCCUCGGAGAUGGUGAUGCGUGCGCGGGAGCUGGUCUUCCACCUGAGCUGCUUCACCUGCGCCUCGUGCGCGCGCGUCCUGGCCACGGGGGACCACUUCGGCCUCAAGGACGGGCUGGUCUACUGCCGCCCCCACUUCGAGGCCCUGCUCCAGGGGCCCUUCGCCCUCCACUUCGCCGCCGGGCCAGGAGGAGGAGCAGAGGGGGCCGCCGCGGGCAAGGCCGGGCAGGGGGGUGGUCCGCCCUUGGGGCCCGCCGCCCUCGGCCUGCCCAACUACUACAACGGGGCCGGCGCCGUCCAGAAGGGCCGCCCCCGCAAGAGGAAGAGCCCCGCGCCCGGAGCAGACCUCGCCGCCUACAACGCAGCCCUGAGCUGCAACGAGAACGACGGGGACCACCUGGACCGCGACCAGCAAUACCCCAGCAACCAGAAAACAAAGCGCAUGCGGACCUCCUUCAAACACCACCAGUUGCGGACAAUGAAGUCUUAUUUUGCUAUUAACCACAACCCGGACGCCAAGGACUUGAAACAGCUGGCUCAGAAAACGGGCUUGACCAAGAGAGUGCUCCAGGUCUGGUUCCAGAACGCUCGUGCCAAAUUCCGGCGGAACCUGCUGCGCCAGGAGACGACGGGGGUGGACAAGGCUUCGGAGGGCGCGCUCCAGGCCGGCACCCCCUCGGGCCCGGCCUCGGAGAUCUCCAACACCUCCAUGAGCCCCUCCAGCACCCCCACCACCUUGACGGACUUAACCAACCCCAGCAUGCCCUCGGUCACCUCGGUCUUGACCUCUGUGCCCGGCGCCUUGGACGUCCACGAAUCCCGGAGCCCCCCGCAGACCACGCUCACGAAUCUUUUCUGAUGACUCUCGUUUCCCUUUCCUCCUUUCUUUCGUUUUUCUUUUUCGUUUUGGAAAGAAAAAAUUAUUCUUAGUUGAAUUCCAAGUGUAUUUUGCUAGAGACGUUCUCGCAUUGGGUUCUAGAGCCGCAGCGUAGGGGGAAGAAUGGCGGAACUGAGGAUGGACUUGGAAGAGAAACGUGCCGCACAACAUUUGUGUUCCUGUACAGCUUUGUGGACCGGGGGAGCGAGGGAAACAGCGGUUUAAUUUAAGUCGGCGAACGCGCCUGUGAUUUCCAGAGACUGUCAUGUGCCUUAUAUACUGUUCUCCCCCUUCACCCCCAAAUUUGGGUCACCCCCCAAAACGUGGUUCCCUAAAACAAGCAAACACACACACACAAAACCCUUGUUCCUUUCUGUAUAUUUAUGACCAGGGCAAAGAACAAACAAAACAAACACAAGAGAAAACGUCAACAAAAGUUUGGUUCCUUCGAAUUAGUCCUAAGCCCUUCAUUGGUUGUUCUGAUGUUUUAGACUUUGCAAAAAACAAGAAAAGUGGGAUCUGAAAAUAAAUCUGUUCGGCUUUCAGAAUUUGUAAAAACCUAACCAGUAAUAAAACCACUUACAGAAACUUA